AUGAUCCACUCACAACCACUGAGGCAAGCACUGCUGUCCCUCUUGGUGGAAAUGCCUGAGCUGAAUGCAAGUGACCACAGUGGACAGGUGUGGUGCAAUUUGGAAGUGGGGCGACUGAACUGCAUGCUUACCCAUUGCAGGAAGCUCCAAAGGGAUACCAGCAGUUUGACAGCAGUAGCUGGCAAACUCACCAGGCUGCAGUACCAAGCUCUCAUGGAAGGCUUGGAAAAGCUCAAAGUGAGCAAUGAUAAAGCUGGAAGCAAAAAGAUGCUUGGAAAAGCAGAAGCAGCCAACAGGCAGCUGCUGCCAAGGGAUAGUGAUGCCACCAUGGGGUCUGAUGAUACCAUCCCUGAUAUGUUCAAGUCCCCAAAGGUGAAAAAGGGCAGAAGUGGUUUGGAAAAGCCAUCCCCCUCUGGCACCAGUGGUUUGGAAAAAUCACCUGCCUCCACCCCCAAGCUGGUAUCCCAAGCAAGGCCAGGGAGCAGGUUGCAUGAGGCCAUGGGCUAUGACUUGGGAAAGUCAAAGAAAAAGGCAAAAGCCAAGCCUGUCCUCAAAAAGCCUGCAGCAUGUCUUGGAAAAGGCCCCUUGAAGAAGCCUGCUGCAAGUCUUGGAAAAGACAGCCUUGGAAAGGGCACUUCCAGUGAAAGGAAGCCAUGGGUAAAGCUCAGGCAAACUGAUGCCAAAAAAGAUAACCCCAGAUCUUAUAUCUGUGGGAUGGUAGAAGGUGGCAAAAUGCACCUGAUUGUGGAAACCAGUGCAAAGAUGAGUCCACACUACAAGGCCUUGAUUGGCAAGAUCAGGGAAGCCUUUGAAAAGGACAACCUGAGCAAGGAAGAAGCCCUCUCUAUGAGAGCCAAGCUGCUGAAGCAGUAUGGCACCUCCAGGGCCACCCAACAAAAAGGGAAGACCUUUUGGGGAUGGGACAACAUCCCAUGCCAGAAAGGAAAGAAGGGCUCAAUGGUCAGCCCUGGAGGGGCAGACCCCCAGGGCCCUGCCAACUAUGUGAAGCACUUGGCAGCUUUGGAAAAGGCAACAGCCAAGUGCAAGGAGAAGCUGGAAGCUUCCCUGAGCAAGAGCUUGGAAAAGCUAUCAGUGGAGGGCAAAAAAGGUGGGCCCAAAAGUCUUGGAAAAGAUGGGACCCCCAGAAAGGCAUCCCUGACCCCCAGGAGGGACUUGGAAAAGUCUGCAACUGGCAGUGCCAGCCCCAGCAGUGGCUUGGAAAAGCCACCUGGAACCUGGGAGGUUCAGGGUGGCAAGAAAAAGAGCAAAAGAAAGACUUUGGAAAAGGUCCCAGAGUCCUUGGAAAAGGACAAAAAGCCUAAGGCUUUGAAUCAUGCCCAGUGGGAUGAUGUUCUGCAAGAGGAAGGCCAAAGGGGCUUGGAAAAGCCACCAGCCAGGCCCAACCUGGAGAUUCGAGUGACCUUGACAGGACAAUCGUCACAGGCCACGACGGACUGCUUGCUGCCUGCCUGUGUGCGCAACGCAGGAGACUUCGCCUGGCAGCGCUACAGCUAUCGCAGUAGCGAUGGUCAGGGCUUCUCAGCUGAGUGGGCAUUGAAGCAGGCACAUCACGCCAGGUGCAAAGAAGCAAUGGCACCCAAAAAGGCAAUGAAAACCAUGAAGGUCUUGGAAAAGACCAGGGGCUUGGAAAAGACCAAGAAAGUCAUGAAGAAACCAAAGGCUUGGACUUGGAAAAGCAAGCCUGGAAAGGCUAGCAAGCCUGGAAAGGCUAGCAAGCCUGGAAAGGCUAGCAAGCCUGGAAAGGCUUCAAAGCUCAGCAAGGCCAGCUUGGAAAAGUUAGGCCAGAUGAGCUUGAAAGACAAGAUGCAGGCAGCAGCUGAAGGGGCAGAGGACCCAAAUGCAGCUGCCAUUGCCUUGCAUGAGAGCAUGUCCAAGCUGGAGAAGUCAAAGGCUUGGAGUAAGCACCAGACUGCUCUCAAGCAUGGCUCCAAGGAGGAGCAAGCAGCUUACAAUGACAUGUCAAAGAAAGACAAAGGCAUUGCAGCUGCAGCCUUUCUCUUGGAAAAGGAGGGCAAAUCCUACAUGACAGCCUUGAAAAAGGUAUCUGUAGGAGAGAAGGUCACCAAAACAGAUGACUGGCAGACAGAGUUGCAAAUGCUGGCCAAGUUCACAAAAGAUGAACUUGAGCUCCAUUUGCAGUCUGGGAGAGUUGUUUGGAGAGAGUGUCCUUCCACCUGGGGUGUGUAUGAAUAUAAGGACACCCAGGACUACCACAGGGAGGCCACCACCAACAGGAAUAAGGAAUGGCAGCAGGGGGUGGAGUAUGAUCCACUGGAGGAGGACUUGGAAAAGUUCAUGGAUCUCUUCACCAAAGACUGCCAUUCCCUGGAGGUGGAUGAUCACCCUAAAGGCUCUGGAAAGAGCUCUGGGAAGGGCAAAGGUCUUGGAAAAGGCAAAACCAAAAACAACAGCAACAAGAAUGUUCCUGAGGGCAAGCUGGAUUCCUUGGAAAAGGUAAUGAAGGCUUGCAAGACAGCCAAGAACAUGGUUGCUUCCACCCAGUCAGACUUGGAAGUGGCUUUGGAAAAGGCUAAGGCCAAGCUGAACAAGGUUGGCAGAGCAUCUGCAGAGGAUGCUUUGAAGAAGCUUGGAAAAGCUAUUGGUGACCUGAAAAAUAUGCUGUCUGGAAAGAACAGCAAAGACAUUAAGUCAAUGAAAAAGAAGCUGAUAGAUGUGGCCCAAGUUGUCAAGGAUGCCAAAGAUGAGACAAGAGAGCUCAAAAGUCUUGGUGGCAGGGCCAUGUCCACAGCUGGAAGCAGGCAAGUGCAAAGAAAGGGCAAGGCCUUGGAAAAGGUUCAUGCCUUGGAAAAUGCUGAGCCAAACCCAUCAUCCCUGGCCACCAGGAAGCUUUCAGCCUUGGAAAAGGCAGCUUGGAAAAGUUUUGGGAAGGAGUGCAGAAGGAAUCUGAUGCUCCUUCCCGAUGAUGUCCCCGAUGAUGGUGGGUGUAGUUUGAUGUUCUUCCCCGAUGGUAGCGCUGUGAUGUUUCUCCUCGGCGAUGUUCUCGUGUUGAUGGUUCCGGAGGAGCAGCUGGUGAUGAAGCAGGGGCAGGCGAUGAGGGUCUUUGUCAGCAUCCUUGAAUUCAGUGAGCCAUUGACAUUGAGUAGCAGAUUCGAAGUCGCCGAUGGCGUAGGUUCCGACGCUGGAGCAGCAGGGCGUGAUGGAGGCGUAGCAGGUCGAUGGGUUGCUGCAGAUCGUGGCCAGUCACCCCAGGAGUCAUCAAAAGGCAAAGGCUCUGCCAAUGGCUCUGGCCUUGAGAAAGGCAAAGGCAAAGGUAAAGCCAGGGCCAAGCCCAAGCCCCAGUCCCUUGAGGAUGCUGAUGAGGAGCCUAUGGACCUGGCAACUGCCUUGAAAAAGGCAAAGAAGACCAGGGACAUGCCCACCAGCACCUCCAGCAACUUUGAGGAAGCCUUGAAAAAGGUGGAAAAGAGCCCUUACCUGAGCAAGCAGUCCUUCAAGGACAAGCAAGGUGUUCUGGAUGGCCUCCAUGAAAUGGCGAAGAAAACAAAAAAACUCCUUGAAAAAGGAGAAAAGAACAAAGUGGAGGUUCUGAAGGAGCACAUCCUGGAGGCAUGUGCUUGCAUGAAGGAUGCCAAGGAGGAAGCCAAAGAGCUUGUACAGAUUAGCUUUAAAGCUGUGAGCAAGGCUGCUUCCUCCAAGGCCAAGAAAUGA